AUGGUUCCUGGAUUUCAAUCUUAUAAGAAUGUAUUCUGUUCCCUCUGUUCCAAUAUCAACAUGACGAUCAUGCCACCGUAUUUGUGGCGUCCUUUUUUCACGGAAGCCUUUGACAUCCAACCUCCAACAAUGCCAAAUAUUCAUCCACAAUUUCGCGACAUGUUCUCACCAGGGGUUGAACGACUUCCAUUGGCAGUACAAGCUGAAAUACAGAUACUAACUUUCACAAAUGGAGAGGAAAUCUACAACACGAUAAAUAACAAAACACGUCGGCUGAUGUGUUACCCAGGAAAAGUGCUAACAAACCAGACCUGCAAACCCUUGCUGACCAGAACAAAUAACCUACGAUACACAUUGGCAUUCACUUUGGAAGGAAAUAUAACUUUAACAGUGUCACCACAUGAUCUGCUACAAAUAGUGACGAGAAAGGUCAAAGAUGAGAUAUCGAAAAAUAUUGGUGGUGUCACGUUCGAUUCGUUUCAUAUAAUGGUGAAUUUGAAAUGUGAUCAUAUGAUUUCAAAUGACACCGAAGAGGUAACGUUUAAUCUUCAUACUGUCUUUUUCGUUUCGGGCGAUGUUGACAGAUUUCUUACGGAAGAAAAGUUGUUGAAAAUGACUGAUAAUAUUUACAUUUCCAAUAAUGUUGUUUUAAAAUCCUCGUUAACUUCUGAAGCAUUCAUGUUACCAGCGCUUGUGAAUGCUAUCAGUUUCAUGAAUCAUUGUUAUAGUAAAACAAUGAGAGAAACAACAUUCAGCCUCCACAACAACUAUCAGCCAUCGCUGGUGUCUCCACUGCUGCUAUGUCGACAAGUGGAAUUAGAGCGAGAGGAGUUUGAGCUAGAUGAAUCUACCUUCGAAAUAACUCUCUUCAAAUCAACACGAAAGCUUUACCAAUAUGAUUUUUUGUUGAUAGAUAAAAAAGUUCGAGUUUGUCUCAAGGAUUUCGAGGAAAUGUUCAACGGGUCCUAUGUGACAAAAUACAGUGAACCACCACUACAUGCAGCACUUAAUAUCACAACAUUAGUUUGUAAUAUAAUAUCCCUUGUAUGUCUUUUCUUAACAUUCAUAACGUACUGUUUAUUUCCUGUCAUGCGUUCUUUACCUGGAAUGAAUAAUAUGAGUCUGGUAUUUGCAAUGUUCUUUGCCCAGUUGCUUUUCCAAUGUGGCUUUUACUUAACAUCAUCACCAAUAUUAUGUCAGGUUUUCGGUGUCCUUAUUCACAUUUUGUGGCUGUCGACGUUUGGUUGUAUGAACGUGUGUUCUUAUCAUAUGUAUAGUGUUUUUGCUGGCGAUAUAAUUGCAGGAAGACUUUCAGCAUGGGGUUGGAAGAGACGGAUUUCGUUUUAUAUAUUAUAUUCCUAUGGAUUAUCAGCUAUAAUAGUGUUCACCAAUAUCAUCAUUGUAUACUUUACAUCAGAUGAUGAUAGCAUAGGGUAUGGUACCACAAGAUGUUUUAUAAGUAACCCUAUAUCGUUUUAUCUUACAUUUCUUGCCCCCGUGUUAGUGGUAUGUUUCUGUAAUAUCUAUUUUUUCAUACGAACUGCUCUACAAAUUAAAAAUUCACCGAAAGUGGAUAGUACCAAGGAAAGAAAAAAUCAACACGUGAUAUACAUAAAGUUGUUUUCUAUAACGGGAAUAACAUGGAUCUUACUGGUCAUAGAUACGUUGUUUCCCGUAUCUAUAUUUAGUUUUCUGGUGACCAUUGCGACAGCAUGCCAAGGUCUGUUUGUUUUAGCCAGUUUUGUUUUAAACAAGAGGGUCUUCAAUUAUUACAUUGUCUUAAUAUUCGGUAAGAAGCGAAAGAUCACAACAUCUUCGACCUCACAACCAGGAAAUACUCAGUCCACUUCUGCAAAUUUAAGUUCAUUAUAA